AAAGUGCAGCCAUCUCCCGGGUCAAGAGAGCCAGAUUCCUCUGCAUCUCCGCUGCGUCAAAGCAUCGCACCUUCCGCCCAAGAAAGCCGUAUCAUGCCAACCAACACUUGUAACAAUCGCCUUGUUUCCUUCUCGUCCAGCCAGGAACAUGCUCUGCCCAACUCCGCUGACUUGCUUGAACCUACCUCUCAUCAUGAUUCUAAUUCAACCCCUUUCUUGCUGCGGGCUGAUGGAUGGGUGAUGGGACCCAAGCAUCGGCUCCUUUUCUGGGUACCUCCCGCUUCCCGACAUGCAUUUUAUACUCCUUGGACUUCAUUGGUGAUACCCAGAGGACAUCCUGAGCUUGAUUUGAGCCGCAUGGUACAUGGGAUGCACUGGUCGAGUUGCCGAGAUGCCUCCACGUGACGAUAAUUCUAUUGUUAUGAUACUGAGUGUACCAUUUGAUUUUUUGUCAAUUUUAUACCUAGCACCGAGCCUAAGUCCA